UCUCCACAGACGCCGUACUACAACCACACAGUGUAUUACCAGCAACAGCCCCCUGUGUCCCCUAGCUACUACUGCUCAGAGGAGGAGGAACCUGUGGGCCACAGUCCUCCACUGGAGGUAUCUGAGGGUGAUGAAGAGGACUACAGAGACCAUGUCCCCUUUGGGGGAGACUCCAGUAACAAGAGGAAGAUCCGGCUGUACCAGUUCCUCCUGGACAUGCUGAAGAACGGAGACAUGAAGGACAGUAUGUGGUGGGUGGACAGAGAGAAAGGAAUCUUCCAGUUCUCCUCUAAAAACAAGGAGACUCUGGCCAACCGCUGGGGCACGCAGAAAGGAAACAGGAAGAGGAUGACAUAUCAGAAGAUGGCCAGGGCCCUGCGGAACUACGGCAAGACUGGAGAAAUCAGAAAGGUCAAGAAGAAACUGACCUACCAGUUCAGUCCGGAGGUACUGAGGAAAGUCUUGACUACAGAGAGGAGGCACUACCCUCACUAGUAGUACCAGAGAUUGUUCAUGUAAUGCCACUGUAUACGGGCUUUGGGAGUAGGCCUAACCUCACUGCUAUGUCUUGAAAAUAGGACAAUAAUGACUCUCUACUGUAAUUGUUUCUGGGGUAUCAUUUUAAAUGUAAUGAAAUACAAUCAGGUAUCAUUAAACAUGUUGAUGUUUAGAUUUUUGUUAUUGGUGUUAGCAUAUUCCAUGUUUAUUUAUUUACUUAACAAGUCGUCAUGUUUUGUGUUACAUAAUCUCACUCUUGACUCUAUCUUUGUGUCUGUGACGGAAAAAUAAAUAAAGUAUAUUUUCCAUAUGCUCUAGUUCCCAGAAAAUCUGUCAGUGGGAACGGAAGAAAGAUCAAAACCUCAAACAAUUGCAACAUUAGUCUAUUGUGACGGAGUAAAGAAGAGGCACAUAGUUACAGCAAUCCUUCCUGUUUCUCUGUUAUGUUAUCUGCCUUCAACCUCGUCAUCUAUCUGAUCACGUCAGUUGUUGAUGAACAGGAAAGCCAUCACAUGUCAGUUUUGGGGUGUAGGCCUAGUUUGGACAAGAGUUCUGAAACAAGGGAUGUGUGUGUGUGUGUGACACGUCUCACUCCCUUUUAAGUUUCAUCUAGAGAGUAAAUUACAGUAGUUAGUUAGUGCUUCAGCAGGAACACAGAGGCUUGUAGACCUAAAAUAAAAUAUUGCUAUUGUAACGAUGUAUUUAAGUUGAUAAAUUCCUGCAUAAAAUGGGUAUUAUGCCACCUCCUGGUAGAUUAGUGUGUUUACAUUGUCUAAUGGGUCAGUGAUAAAAAGGUAUGGGAUUCUGGGUAAUCCACAGCAGAUUUAUGGAGAAUUGCUGUGGGUGUGUUGAAAAUGGAAUGGUCUUGAGAUAGAAAUGUAUAAAAUUGAGAUUACGUUAUAAAAUCCACCUUUUACAUCGUACUUUAGCAAUUUAUGUUAUUAGUAACUACUGUUGUUGA